AUGAAUAACGAUUACUUUUACUUCCUGUUCACGUUAAAUAAGGGCAAGUGUGGCUAUUGGCUCCAGAAGCUUGCUACAGCGGGGUCGCUGAGACGCUGCGUGAGCCCAGCGACAGGUCCAAGCAUGUGGACAGAGGUAGCUGCUGGCCGCCUCUGCCCAGCCAUUGAGAAAGGCAGAGGCCUGCGCCAGGUGGUCCUCCCUCAUGAUUUGUGUGAUAAAUUCCUCACUGCAGCAGGAAUGAACACCAAGAAAAAAAUAGAGACAUGUGGUGUUCUAUGUGGAGCCCUGGUUGGAGAGGAAUAUCACAUCAGCCAUAUCCUCAUUCCUGUCCAGGAAGGAGGCCCAGAUUAUUGCUGUGCAAAGCAUGAGGAGGACCUCUUCUUUAUUCAAGAAGGACUGGGACUUAUUACAUUAGGAUGGAUACAUACCCAUCCAACCCAGACAGCCUUUUUGUCAAGUGUAGAUCUACACACACAUUUUGCAUACCAAACGAUGCUCCCUGAAUCCAUAGCUGUGGUGUGUGCUCCCAAGUAUAAACAAACUGGAAUUUUCGAACUGACACCUAUUGGACUACAAGAAAUAUCUGAUUGUCCACGGAGAGGGUUCCACACCCACAGACAGGACACAGCUCUCUUCUGUGACUGCAGUCAUGUCACCACCCGGAACAUCAUGGUGACUGUCACAGAUUUGAGAUGA